GUUCAAACUUUUCCGUUAUAUAUAGCUACCAAUAUGCAGCCAUCUCCAAAUAACUCUGUUCUGUCUUAACCCUCCACGGUCCAAACUAUCUGAACAUGUCUACUUCUACUUCAACAACUCAUCAACUCUUUCAAGGUUUUCUUGGGGAUUUCUACUCAAGAAGACUGCUAUUACAUACCCCUCUUUACCAAUCAUCAAACACGGCAACUCCUCCAGCUCCUGGAAACACUGCCUCGUCUGAACCUUACACUAGCACUGACAACAGCUUUGAUGCAAAUGUUGUUAUGGUUCUGUCAGUCCUGUUAUGUGCACUGAUUUGCUCACUUGGACUAAAUUCCAUCAUCAGGUGUGCAUUAAGAUGCUCUAAUUUGGUAGCUUCAGAAUCUGCUGCAAACCCCUCGACUCAGGCAGCGAACACUGGAGUGAAACGAAAAGCAUUGAAGACUUUCCCAAUAGUAAGAUACUCAACUGACUUGAACCUGCCUGGUCUUGACACACAGUGUGUAAUCUGUCUCUCAGAGUUCACACCAGGUGAACAUGUUCGGCUUCUGCCCAAGUGCAACCAUGGAUUCCAUGUCAAAUGCAUUGACAAGUGGCUUAGCUCCCAUUCAUCCUGUCCUACAUGUAGGCACUGCCUGAUAGAGACCUGCAACAAAAUUGCUGGUUGUAGCCAAGCUAGCACAUCAGGACCUACUUCACUACCAGUACAAGAAGCCAUUGUCAGUAUAUUGCCCUUAGAACCUGAAGGUUUGAUAAGUAAUUAUAGGGGUUAAUUAGUUAAGUUUCUAUUUUUUUUAGUUUUAGUUGUAUGAUAUUUUUAGCCCUGUACCUUGAAGGAUGGCACUAGCUAGAAGGCCUUUGUCACAGGUCACAGGCUACCAUCCACAAGAUCAGUGCAGAUGUAAUUUUUCGUAGUUUAAAAUUGUUUAAGUGCAAUUUUUCUUCC